CAGUUACAGUGAUCAGUUGAAUGAAUGUGGGUUAUUCUGCUUGCUCGUUUCCUGCCUCCAAAUCCGUCGUAGUGCAAGGAAAUGGUUCGGGUUUUAGCGCAGAUGACCCGCCUUCAUGAGCAGUACACACGCUGCCUGCUGCAUGCUCUGCUCUGCGACUCACACUGGAGGAGCGAUGAAGGACAUACUGCUGCUUGUGGUUCUGCUGACGGUCCAACCUGACAAGUUUCACUCGCUCCCCUAUCAGCCAGACUCAGAUGGAAAUUGUCGCAAUUCCACAACAGAAUACCUGAAUGACGAUACUAAUUUGUGCUGCCAAAAGUGCCCCCCUGGGCACCGACUGACAAAAGAGUGCUCUGGAACCUCUGACACCCUUUGUGCUCUGUGUGGAUCAGACCAGUAUAUUGAGAACUGGAACUUCUCCCCUAACUGUUUAUCCUGCUCCAAAUGCAAAGAAAAAAAAGGUCUUACGUAUGCCCAGGAAUGCACACCUACCAGAAACUCCAAGUGUGUUUGCGGAUCUGGAAUGUUCUGUCAGAUAGGGUUCAAUGACCCAUACUGCACAGAUUGUAGGAGGUAUACAGAUUGCAAAAUUGGUUACAGAGUGUCUGUGCCAGGCACACGAAACUCGGAUGUGAAGUGUGAACGGUGCCCCACCAAUCACUGUCAGGAACGUACAACCACAGUAAUGGCUCCACUUACAGUAAUCUCAUACUCCACAACGCCACAUGGCGGAGAAAAGUCCACUCAGUCUAUCAGCCCCUACUUCCCUUCUAUGGGAACCAAAACCUCUGAAACAGGUCAACCUAUCGAUGAAAUGGUUGGAGUCAUUGGUGGUGUCGCUGGAUUGCUUUUGUUUUUCAUCGUCGCCAUUGUCCUUCUGAUUUUUUGCAAACAAAAGUGGAGUAGAGGCUCUGGAAACUUUCCACCUAAAGUGGAUGCAAAUGGAAACUGUGAGACAGCAGACAAUAAUGGUCAUGACAACUCUGGGGAUUCUCAGAUGAUUUCAUUCACGUUUACCUCACCAGAGCAAGUGUGUCUGCUAGAGAAAGGGGAAGUCACCAGUGACCAAAGUCUGAGCAGCAGUGAUAGCGAAACUUUAACCAGGGCAGAUGGUUUCAACAGCCAUGAGUCACUCAGGCCUCUACAACCUACUGUAGGUCUUGAAAAUCGAACCUCUGUCUUGUCGGAGCCCAUGCCCUUACAGUCCAUCACAGACCCUAUUACUCCUCUACCCAGCAUCAGCACACAGAGCUCCUCUCAGCCUACCAGCCCACUGAUUGUCAGCCCCAUAACGAACAGUCCCCACGUCAAUGUCAACAUCACGUUACAUAUAGGAAAUGGUUCCUGUGGGACGCCAUCUUUUCAGCCGACAGACUUCAACCAAGCAGAGUGUAAACUUCCCUUUGGACAGGAAGAGGAGUCCAUCAGCUCUCCUCAACAAGAAGCAGGCAAACUGUCGUUUAUGUCAGUCCAGGAGGUUCCCAGUUAUUGCAGAUGAAAACUCCUGUGCCUUCUGAACAUUUUGACAUUUAUUUUGUAAUUGUAAAAGGUUUUGACCAAAAAAAUGCACUGCAAAAUCCAAUGCAUUGUUUUUUAUGUAGCUCUUACUUUAUGUUUAUGUGUAUAUAUUGUAUGCUGUACAUAUAUUUUUGUAUACUACUUUUCUUACAAAGUUCUAAUUCUAGUUUUAUUUAAUAUUUUUCUUACAUUUUUGUCUUAUUUGUACAGUGGACACAAAAUAAAAGGGCAUUGAAGAGUUUAUGAGUGAAAAAAAUGUUUGAAAUUUUUCUAACCCUUUAUAGCAAGCUGUGAAAAGGCUAAAAUCACUGCUAGCUUAUUAAACAUUAUCCCAAGCUUUGCAAAUCUUGCAGAGCACGCUACAGCGAAGCUUUUCUUUAGCAGGGACAGGAAAGCUGGUCAGAGUAGAUGGGAAGAUUGAUCAUGUUGAACACAGAGAAAUCCUGGAAAAACACCAGUUCAAGGCUGCAAAAGACUUGGCAGAGCUUCACUUUCCAGAAGGUCAAUAACAAUUCUUAAACAUACUACCAGAGCUAAAAUGAAAUGGUUUAAAUCAAGGCAUUUUCAGCGUUAAGACGGCCCAGUAAAAAUCCAGUGCAGUGAAUCCAGUUAAGAGUCUGUGGCAAGACCUAAAAGUUGAUGUUCAAAGAUGUUCUCUAUCCAAUCUAAUUGAGCUUUGGCAAUUAUUCAUAGAAGUGGCAAACAUUUUCAAUGUCUACACGUGCAAAGCUAGUAGAGACAUACCCCAAAGCAUCCAAGAAAAGUGGUUCUACAGCUUAUUGACUCGCGGGUGCUGAUAGGUAAACCACACUUUAAAGAAUUUUUGUAAAGAAUUUAGAAAAGCAUUUAAUUUUUUUUUCUGCCACUUGAGAAUUAUGCACCACUGUAUGAUGGUUCAUUAUAUUAAAUCCUAAUAAAAUACAUUGAAGUUUGUGGUUGUAACAUCAAACAAUGUAACAAUUUUUAAUGGUAAGAAUACUUUUGGAUUAUAUGUUUACACACCAAAGUAUUUUUCCAGAAUGUUUGAAGAUCAGUAAACCUAAACUCAGCAAUAUUAGAGCAACAAGUGUAUAUUUUUGAUAUCAUAUUGGGAAUAUCUCAUAAAAAAUAAAAACACAUUUUACCUUA